AUGGCUAAAGACGAGAUAGUGGAUGCAUCAAAGGGAAACCCUACGGAGGGAGGAGGAUCCUCGUCAAAAGAAGGAGGAGGAGGAUCUUCCUCAAUCAAGUGUCCGAUACUAACCUCAUCCAACUACACCGUAUGGGCUAUAAGGAUGAAAACUUUGCUGAAAGUUAACAAAGCGUGGGAUGUCAUCGAAAUGGGAUCAAUCGAUGGUGAUAAAAACGACAUGGCCAUAGCGUUGUUAUUUCAGGCGAUUCCAGAAACGCUUGUGUUACGGUAUGGAGAGAUGGAUUCUGCGAAGAAGGUCUGGUUAGCUAUACAAGCUAAAUACGUCGGAGCAGAGAGGGUGAAGGAAGCAAGACUGCAGACACUAAUGUCAGAAUUUGAUCGGAUCAAGAUGCAAGAUACAGAAUCAGUUGAUGAUUUUGCUGGAAGGUUAUCUGACAUCUCAUCAAAGAUGGCGGCUCUUGGAGAAGAAAUUGAAGAAACUAAGCUUGUCAAGAAACUUCUGAAGUGCAUGCCUAGAAAGAAGUUCGUGCAUAUUGUGGCGUCCCUUGAGCAAAUACUGGAUCUCAAAACCACGAGUUUUGAGGACAUUACGGGACGUUUGAAAGCUUUCGAGGAACGUGUGGCGGAAGACGAAACAGAAGAGAAUCAAAACAAGCUAAUGUAUGCAAAUAUGGAGUCACAAUCGGGAGAGGCAUAUCGUGAUUCCAGUGGAGGAAAUAGAGGCAGAGGUCGUGGAGGACGCUCUGGAGGAAGAGGUCGUGGACGAGGCAAUGGAACAAAGGAUUUGUCGGAAGUAGAGUGCUUCAGGUGUGAUAAGUUUGGUCACUACGCUUCAAAGUGUCCAGAUCGACUACUCAAACUCAAAUUACAAGAGGCACAAGAGGAUGAGAUCGGAGAUACAGAGGUAGCAGACAAACUUAUGAUGCACGAGGUAGUGUAUCUAAACGAGAAGAAGGUCGUUCCAAGCAAGUAUGAAGCAGAUCGAGAAGAUGAUAACGUUUGGUAUCUAGACAAUGGAGCUAGCAACCACAUAACUGGGGAUCGACGCUACUUCUCGAAGCUUGAUGAGACUAUUACGGGAAAAGUAAGGUUUGGUGAUGAUUCCCGUAUAGACAUCAAGGGAAAAGGGUUAAUCGAGUUCAUAGACAGAAACGGUGAAGCGAGAACUAUGGCGGAUGUCUAUUGGAUUCCUGAUCUGAAAAGCAACAUCAUAAGCCUCGGUCAAGCCACUGAAUCAGGGUGCGAUGUGAGAAUGAAGGAGGAAUAUUUGACAAUGCAUGAUGGAAAGGGAAAGCUUCUGGUAAAGGCAACUUGA